AUGUGCAUUCUCUUUUCUGCUGCACAACAUCACCCCCUUCCGCACAUGUGCCCCACCCCCUUCUCUCUCUUCCUUCGCAUUCUCCUUUCCUUCACUCUCUACCCCCCGCUGGACACACGCGCGCACUGGCGCAGAUUUCCGCUUUCCCAAGUCUUCCCCCGCGCUCUCUCUCAUUCUUUUCGCUCACCUCCUUCCAUCAUCAUGUCCGCUAUCACGUGCUACAAGUGUGGUGAGGCCGGCCACAUGUCGCGCAGCUGCCCGCGCGCCGCGGCGACCCGCUCUUGCUACAACUGCGGUGAGACCGGCCACAUGAGCCGCGACUGCCCCAGCGAGCGGAAGCCGAAGUCGUGCUACAACUGUGGCUCGACGGAGCAUCUGUCCCGCGAGUGCACGAACGAGGCCAAGGCCGGCGCCGACACCCGCUCUUGCUACAACUGCGGCGGCACGGGCCACAUGAGCCGCGACUGCCCGAACGAGCGGAAGCCGAAGUCGUGCUACAACUGUGGCUCGACGGAGCACCUGUCCCGCGAGUGCCCGGACCGCCACUAG